AUGAGAGUUGAUGUUGUCUCCAGAGAUAUCAUCAAACCAUCAUCUCCAACUCCAAACCACUUAAAGAAGUUUAAACUCUCUCUUUUAGAACAGCUCGGUCCAACGAUCUUUGGUCCUAUGGUUUUCUUCUAUUCAGCUAACAACAGCAUCAAACCAACUGAGCAAUUGCAGAUGCUGAAGAAGUCGUUAUCCGAAACUUUAACUCAUUUCUACCCUCUCGCUGGACGGCUCAAAGGCAACAUAAGUAUCGAUUGUAAUGACUCAGGCGCUGAUUUCCUCGAAGCACGAGUCAAUUCACCGCUUUCGAAUCUCCUACUAGAGCCUUCUUCUGACAGCUUGCAACAACUGAUUCCUACAUCUGUUGAUUCCAUAGAGACACGAACCAGACUGCUUCUUGCUCAAGCGAGUUUCUUUGAAUGUGGAAGCAUGUCUAUAGGAGUUUGUAUCUCUCAUAAACUCGCUGACGCAACUUCUAUCGGUUUAUUCAUGAAGAGCUGGGCUGCAAUCUCGUCCCGAGGGUCGAUCAAAACCAUUGGAGCUCCGGUUUUCGACACGGUUAAGAUCUUCCCACCUGGAAACUUCUCUGAGACUUCCCCUGCACCAGUGGUUGAGCCAGAGAUCAUGAUGAAUCAGACUCUUUCGAAGAGAUUCAUAUUCGAUUCUUCGAGUAUUCAAGCUCUGCAAGCGAAAGCUUCAAGCUUUGAAGUGAAUCAACCAACAAGAGUCGAAGCUGUUUCAGCUCUUAUAUGGAAAUCUGCAAUGAAAGCUACAAGAACAGUUUCAGGAACAUCGAAACCGUCAAUUCUGGCAAACUCCGUGAGUCUACGCUCACGAGUCUCUCCACCAUUUACAAAGAACUCAAUAGGGAAUCUAGUGAGCUACUUUGCAGCAAAAGCAGAGGAAGGAAUAAACCAAACAAAGCUUCAAACUUUGGUUUCGAAAAUACGAAAAGCGAAACAGAGGUUUCGAGAUAUCCAUAUACCAAAGCUUGUAGGAAACCCAAAUGCCACAGAGAUCAUUUGUAGCUACCAGAAAGAAGCAGGAGAUAUGAUUGCAAGUGGAGAUUUCGAUUUCUACAUAUUCUCAAGUGCUUGUCGAUUCGGUUUAUACGAAACCGAUUUCGGUUGGGGAAAACCGGUUUGGGUCGGGUUUCCUUCGGUUAGACAGAAGAACAUCGUGACGCUUCUCGACACGAAAGAAGCUGGUGGAAUUGAAGCUUGGGUGAAUCUGAAUGAACAAGAGAUGAAUCUUUUUGAACAAGAUAGAGAAUUGCUCCAAUUCGCUUCUCUGAAUCCUAGUGUGAUCCAACCUUUUCUUCAUGUUCUCUGAUUAUAAAAACCGGUUUAGUGAGCUA